CUGGAGACGUCACCGCGUCUUCACGUGUUCGUGACGUCACUUGCGGCCAUUAGCCACUGGGAACUUGCAGCGACCCUAAGAGGUCCCGGGGGCCCUGGGAGAAGAUGCCAGUGGCCGUGAUGGCUCAAAAUCCUGUGUCUUUUCAGAGGCUUCAGGAACAGUGCGAGGAACAGGAGCUUGAGGCUCCAGGAGGCAUUGCCAACCCUCAGGUGUACAGCCAGCUCUUGGCAUUGUACUUGCUGCAUAAUGACAUGAAUAAUGCACGUUAUUUAUGGAAAAGAAUUCCGCCAGCAAUCAAAUCCGCCCACUCUGAGCUUGGUGGGAUCUGGGAGGUAGGACAGAAGAUCUGGCAGCGAGAUUUUCCAGGGAUCUACACAUCCAUCUCUGCAUGUCAGUGGUCUGAGGCCAUCCAACCAGUCAUGGAGGCUGUAAGAGAUGCAACACGACGGCGGGCAUUUGGCUUGGUUUCCCAGGCAUAUACUUCAAUCUCUGCAGAUGAUUUUGCAGCUUUUGUUGGCCUUUCUGUAGAAGAGGCUGUUAAAGGAGUCAUAGAACAGGGUUGGCAGGCUGAUUUGGCCACUCGGAUGGUAAUGCCCAAAAAGCCAGAUUCGGCGCCCCUGUCUUUGAUCCCCAACGAACAGCAGCUGGCCAGACUUACUGACUACGUGGCUUUCCUAGAGAACUGAAGUUCCCUCCUAUUUCUAGAUCAAAAGGCGCAGACACAGGAGGCUGGCAAAGUGGCAAAAUCUUUUGCACCUCCAAACCCACCCCUGGUCAUUGAACUCUUUCUCUGCUGUGUGAGCUGAUGUCUUUUGGAGCUGAAAAGGGUUAAUGCAAAUGGAGAUCUGGAGCAUUCUGUUAGCUUGGGUGCUGUGUAUGUUAACCCCUUUACUGGCACGGGGCCUAGCAGCUCUGUGCAGUGCAAUUAGUUGCAGGCCCCUUUGACAAUAAAAUGGUUAAGAUACUGCAUAAUCUUUUAUGAAAAUUGCUCUUUAGUUUUAUACCAUAAAUGUGGGUUGCUUAUUAUACAUGUAAGAGUUAAUACCAGUGAAUUGCAUAGUGAGACUUGCUCUUACGGCCGAGGAGGUGAAUUUUUUUUUCCAGUCUGAACUCCAUGAAUAAAUAAGAAAAUCAUAUGCUGCUCCACAGUAAAUAUAGACCUGUGUCAUAUUUGGUAAGCUGUUUUCAAGGUUGGAAUUCAUCUGGGAGAGGGAUUAUGAUGUGAGCUUCUGGCAGUUCUCAAACUGUGAGACUGAGACCCAAUGACAGUCCGGUGUAAAUGUGCUGGUCAUAAACAGGUUAAAUUACACUGCUGCUUUGAUUUAAAAGGAUAUUUGCUAUCUAUUUUAAUCAAGCAGAUGUUAAACUACAACUUUAAACAGAACUUAAGCACAUAUCUGUUGAUGGGAUGCAGGAAGAUGUGGUUCAACAAUAUUGAGGGAUGUGGUUGCCUGUCUCUAAAAAAAAAAAAAAAAAGGCUAGUAAACCUUUGCCUACUGUUACAGAUUGGUUUUGUCCAUAAAUAUUGUAUAGGAUUUUAUUUAUACACUUUAAAUCUGUAGCUGUGACUUUAUGCAAGGUAAAUCAUUAGUAAACCACGCAGAAAUAUAUUGAAGCAAAGUUUUUAUGGACAAGAUAUUAGAUAUAGUCAGGGAGGGAUGUAGUCAGGGCAGCAGGGAUGUAAUUUCAGGUACAAGAUUACUGGCAGUGAUGUUUGGAUGUUCUUGCAGACACUUUCCCCACAGUGCACAGGUGAAGUCAACAAACCAAUCAUCUGCCACUGCUUAGCAGACCCUCCUCUAUAACCCAUCCCCAACCCACAGUCUGUUUCCCCUUUAGUUAUGCCAUUUGUCAUAUAUUUUUAAGAUGUGAAUUGAUGGGCCAAGUAUAAUUGCUCCAAAAUUAUGGCCAUGAGCAUAUGAUUAAAUCAGAUAAUGGGACAGUAUAAUUGUGAUGACUAUGCUUACGUAAACUAACAGUCCAUGGCCACUCUUUCAUUAUCUGAACAAGCAAAAUCAGAUAUAGUUAAGGAAAAAUCUUUUUUUUUUUCAUGUGCCUAUUCCAUUAAGGAAGGUUGAUAGAGACUCACCCUGUGUGUGGGCAAUUAAAUGUCUUAUAUUUUUCCCAACAGAUUUGUCUAGAAGACAGAAUUUUUGCCAUUGCUUUCCCUCACAUGGGGAAAGUUGGGUACCAGCUUAAGAGUCUCCGGUUUGAGUUCUGCAGAAUAACUGCUCUGUCCAAAUGUAAAUAAGAUGUUUUUGUUAUUUCCCAUUUUUCUUAGAUGUCCUUUAAAAGUGACAUAUUAAAGCUUGUUGAGUCCAUACUAUA